GUUACUUGCCCAACAGUGCUCACGCGGUGGAAGCGAUGCUCGCAGCUGCCAGCAUAGGAGCCAUAUGGAGUGCAACAUCGCCAGAUUUUGGCAUCAACGGUGUCCUGGAUAGAUUCUCCCAAAUUCAACCCAAGCUGAUCUUCUCUGUCGAAGCUGUCAUUUACAACGGGAAAAGGCACCCUCACCUGGAAAAGCUGCAGAGCGUUGUCAAGGGACUUCCGGAUCUCAAAAAGGUAGUCGUCAUCCCCUACGUAUCCUCAAGAGAAUCCAUAGAUAUUUCCAAAAUUCCAAACAGUGUCUUUCUGGAAGAUUUCCUCGCAGUGGGGAAGGGAGACCAAGCCCCCCAGCUGGAGUUCGAACAGCUCCCCUUCAGUCACCCCCUCUUUAUCAUGUACUCGUCAGGCACAACAGGAGCCCCUAAAUGUAUGGUCCACUCAGCGGGGGGCACUUUGAUUCAGCACCUGAAGGAGCACAUCCUUCACGGGAACAUGAGCAGUAAUGACACCAUCAUCUACUACACCACGACCGGCUGGAUGAUGUGGAACUGGCUGGUGUCUGCUCUCGCGGUGGGGGCGUCGGUGGUCCUGUACGACGGCUCGCCCCUCGUUCCCUCUCCCAACGUCUUGUGGGACUUGGUGGAUCGCUUGGGAAUUACCAUCCUCGGGACCGGCGCCAAGUGGUUGGCAGUGCUGGAAGAGAAAAACCUGAAACCGUGUGAAACCCACAACCUUCAGACUCUCCAAGCCAUCCUGUCAACUGGGUCACCCCUCAAGCCGCAAAGUUACGAGUACGUCUACCAGCACAUCAAGAGCAACGUUCUCCUGGGCUCCAUUUCAGGAGGCACCGAUAUAGUUUCCUGUUUCAUGGGUCAUAACGUGACCAUUCCGGUUUACAAAGGCGAGAUCCAGGCACGGAAUCUUGGAAUGGCAGUGGAGGCAUGGAAUGAGCAAGGCAAGCCUGUUUGGGGAGAAAGCGGGGAGCUGGUUUGCACCAAGCCUCUACCCUGUCAGCCGACCCAUUUUUGGAACGAUGAGAAUGGAAGCAAAUACCGGAAGGCGUAUUUUUCCAGAUUUCCAGGUGUUUGGGCCCACGGAGACUACUGCAAAAUUAACCCGCAGACGGGAGGUAUCGUCAUGCUGGGCCGCAGCGACGGCACGCUGAAUCCAAGCGGGGUGAGGUUUGGCAGUUCGGAGAUCUAUAACAUCGUGGAAGCUUUCGAGGAGGUUUCAGACAGCCUCUGCGUUCCACAGUACAACACACACGGUGAGGAGAGGGUGGUCCUUUUCUUGAAGAUGACCACCAACCACGAAUUCAGCCCAGACUUGGUGAAGCGAAUCAGGGACGCAAUUCGGGUGGCCCUUUCGGCUCGACACGUGCCUGGUCUUAUUCUGGAAACAGAAGGCAUUCCGUACACCAUAAAUGGGAAGAAGGUUGAAGUAGCCGUCAAACAGAUCAUAGCUGGAAAAGAAGUGGCUCAGCGGGGCAUCUUUUCUAACCCAGAGACGCUGGAUCUCUACCGUAAUAUCCCGGAGCUCCAGAAUUUUUGAAGGAACUUGCCUUUUCCCAUCUCUUGGUGUGAGUGUGUAUGUGUGUGUGUGUGUGUGUCAGGUUAUAUCUGGUGUACAUAAUAUGUAUAUGGAUGCUCUAUGUAAAAGAAAUUGACUUGAGUGACCCUCUUUCCAGAUGGGGGAAGGAGACAGAAGGGCUAAAUCCGCCAUAUGGAUUUUGGAAUAUUGAUCUUUUCUUCCAGCUCAGAAAAGUGUGAAUCAGCACCCUUCCCCUGGGCGGAAACUUUCAUGACAUAGGUGCUAAAGAAUGGGUUCCUGGUUUAAAUGUUAUUGUUGAAAAGCAAGGGAUGAGGCCCAGGGCCACACAACGCCAGGUUGAAUCCUGCCUGGCUGAGAUUGUGGGUUUGAAAUGGUGUGCUGAUGAUUCUGGACAACCUUGGCAGAUGUUUCUCAGCGGGUAGGUUAAGGAGCAACCUCUGGAAGAGCCAUUUAUCUGUUGCAGCCACUUCCUUGGAGUGGAUCGUUGCAGAAAGCAUUAAGAGUGUCUUCUCAGUUGAUGCAGAGGGUUGGUAGGAAGCAACAGAUUCAGCCAUCAUUUUGGAAAAAGAGGCUUCUUUUAGAUGACAUCCCCUGAACCCUUAGCACUGCGUGGCCAACCGUACCCCCUGAGAAACGUUUGCUCGUGCAAGGGAAUGCAAGGGAACGUUCCCAGAAUGUUUUGCUUUCCUUUUUUCUUUAAAAAGGAGAGAAAGAGAGAAAUGCACUUUUAAGUUUAUUUAACUUUUUUUUUUUUUAAGAAAUCUUCCCUUUUUAGAACCACCUGCGUUUUCAGGUCGCUGUUCUAAAUAGUACUUGAGUUUUACGGCGAGAUGCAAAGAUGUUUGGUGGUUACGGGGCGAUGCUGGGCUGGUGUCCUGUCCCCGGGACCAUCUAGUUGACGGUCAUAUCAGUUCCGUGGGACUUGGGCCCAUGGAAUGUUUUUUAAUCCGAUCCAGUGGCGCCAUGCGCGCAGCUUGGUUUUGGUGGAGGGGGAAGGACAAGAAGCCGAGUCUGGUCCCCCCUCCACCCAAGUGUACAAUUGAAAGCAAAACUAUCUAGAAUUUUUAAAACUUGAGGAAGCCUGUUCCAGCUUGAGGUCCACCUUCCACCCAGCUAAACAGGGCCUGGACGUUCACAGCGCGAUCUUGGGUCUUCCACAGGGUUGUGAUCAGCGCCUCGUUUCUAGAGUCAUAUCUCUCACUGGACAAGGUCUAAGAGCCCAGCAUCUUUGAUUCUAAUCGGAAGAUACUUAACAGCCAAGGAUUCUUCAAACCGUUUUCUUCAUGUUGCCAGGAGUACCGAGGGCAUUGAGAAAGCAAGGCAUUGCGUGCUUGCAAAGUCCCAUGUGCCCAUACGACAACUUGCGCACGAAUGCCCGGGAGAAUUCCAGCAGAACCUUUGCCCUUUUAAGUCAGGGAUGAAGGUGCUUAGGAUAUUUCGGGUGCAGUUAGAUUGCAGAACCCAUCACCCACAUCUGGCUGAUAGGAGUUGGAGUCCAGCAACUCCUGGAUGGGGGUUGCCUGUCCUUUCUCGCCCAAGCGUGAGAGAGGAAAUGUGCGAACCCUUUGCUUAAAUGUGGGUGUAAACAGCAGAAAUGAACAACUGCAGGGAGAAUGCUGUGAAGUUAACUCUGCUAGAUCUGAAUCUGAUUGGAAACCCCAUGUGCUUUGAGGCUUGUGGCUAAUAUGUAUAACUUUUUAUUCCUAUUUUGUUUUUUAAAAAUGAUUUAUUUUUUUUUAGGGCAUCAAAGAAUGUGGUUGGGGUGCUUUAGAGCUUCCUUGGUUUAUAAACAUUUUUUCUCCCCCUAAUAAACUGUUACAAACGUUUGGAAACAUGGCAGUUUAUGACGUGCUUCUCAUAAAAGGAAGGUCCGGGUGUAAGAACAACGCAGAUGGGGAAAACAAAAAGCUAAUUCUUUCAGCUGCUUUGAAUGAAUGGUGGGUAAAUUCUGUUUCUGGAGUUUUUCCUUUUUUUUUUUUUUUUAAAUCAGGACGCUGAGUGAGCUCUGUGAUAUUUUACUGGAUUUAAACUUAAUAAAACACUAAAUUCUCA